AUUCGGCACCAACAAGCCUGGACUAGUCCGGCAUCCAACACCGUGGAGGUCCGUAACUCGUCCAAGCAAGCCCUGUUGCCUGCAGCCAGCAGCAGAGGAAGAAGGAGGCAGAGGCGCCGGAGACUGUGCUGCCGGAGGUGGUGGAAGCACAGCUGGAGAGGGACCUGCUGGCGAGGAGACGCAGCUUCAUGUAUUGGCUGCAGCGCCUUCUUGGUGCACGUGGCCAGCUCCUGCCCGCUGGCGGCCAACGGCUCCAUGCUGGAUUUCAACUUGGCCCUCGUCUUCAACAAGAACCCGCUGGUCUGCUACGACCCCGACGCCCAGCGCUUCGUCCCCUGUGACUGGGGGCUGCUCCACCCCGUCGCCACCCAACUCGCUGCCAUCCUCAACAACGGCACCGCCUGGGUGCAGCGCGCCGAAGCCCGGCGUUGGGCUUGUGACGACCUGACCCCCCAAUUCUGGGCCCAGAUGGUGAUGUGGAGGAGUGAGGCCUGCAGCGCACGGGGGCUUUGCACAGGGGCAUCAUGCACAGGAGCUUUGCACGGGGACGUGGCGUGGGGUGUGGCGACAUUGCACAACAGGGACGUCGUGGGCCCCGGUGAGCACCCCCCCAUCUCCGCCAUCCCCAACGGUGACUGGACCUACCAGGCGCAGGUCACCUUGAUGGUGGCCCCGUUGGCCGGAGACACCUUCACGUGCUCAGUGCAACACGCCAGCCUGGACCGGCCCCUCCUGGAGGACUGGGGUCCCACCUUGUCGCCAGGGCUGAUGGGGAAGGUGGCUGCGGCCACUGUGCUGAUGGUGUUGGGGCUCAGCACCUUCAUCGCCGGCCUCUACCAGUACCGGGCCAGGCCACCGGCACUGGGUUACACUCCCCUCCCCGGAGACAACUCCCCUGCAGGAGGAGACCCAUCGGGCGGUGCGCGAAGCCGUAGAGAAGUUCAGCAGCAAGGUCCAGUCAUGGAGCUAGAAGUGGUGAAGCAAGGCCUCCGCGUGCUCUGGGAGCAACUGGCGCAGCGCUUUGCGUGGUCAGUAAGGCGCAUGGAGCUGCUGCGGUGUCUGCAGAACUUUCGGAUGGAGACGAGGGAGACGCCCGCAAACCUGGAAGAGGCGCAGAAGGCAGCAGAGGCUCUGGGGACCGAUGGAGCAGCCGGCAGAGGUUCUGUGCAGAGCUCCACAAACAUGGCAAAGAGCAAGGAGCUACUGCAGCAUAUGGAGGAGACCCAUCAGGAGGUGCGCGAAGCCAUAGAGAAGUUCAACAGCAAGGGGGACAAGCACUGUGCCCAGAUGAAGGGCUGGCUGCAGGAGGAGAAGCGCUACAAUGAGGUAGUGCCGAAAGGGCCGGGGGAAAUCGGGUGGGUGCCCACGGGCCCUGCGGGACUGGGGGGGCUGGAGGAGGGCCGCGGCGGGCUCAGGGACUCAGACCCUUCCUUCUCCCAGGUGCUGCGCCAGGAAAUAGGGCAGCUUGACGAGGCCGUGGAGCAGGAAGAGAUCCGGUGA